UAUAUAUACUUGCGAGGCGAACAAAGACCUCUCCCUUCCCCGUUGGGCCAACUGUGAAGCGAACCCCCGCUGUUUCCCAUGGCCGACGAGAAGCAGCGCUCUCUCCUCCUCCUCUCCGCCUCCCGUUUCCCUCUCCCCCACGGGUUGCGAUUCUCGUAUGGGACCGCGGGGUUCCGAUCGGAUGGAGCGAUCCUAUCGUCGACGGUGUUCCGAGCUGGGAUCGUGGCGGCGCUGAGGGCGCUGAAGACGGGAUCGGCGAUCGGGGUGAUGAUCACUGCCUCCCACAACCCCGUCGCCGACAACGGCGUCAAGAUCGCCGACCCCGACGGCGGCAUGAUGACCCAGACCUGGGAGCCCUUCGCCGACGCCCUCGCCAACGCCCCCGACCCUCAAACCCUCCUCCAGUUGGUUCUUGAGUUCGCAAAGGAUGAGAACAUCCCACUGGGGGGAGCACAGUCUGCGGAGAUAUUAUUGGGAAGAGACACGAGACCAUCUGGAGAAUUUCUCCUCGAAGCAGCAAAACAAGGAAUCACUGCCAUAAUUGGUGCUGCCACAAUCGAUAUGGGAAUUGUGACGACCCCGCAACUUCAUUGGAUGGUUAGGAGCAGGAAUAAUGGCUUGAAGGCAUCUGAAUCUGAUUAUUUUGCACAACUUGCAGAUUCCUUUAGGUGCUUGAUGGAUCUUGUCCCAAAUGAAGUAGAGAAAAGUGGGGUUGAUGCGAAACUUAUUGUAGAUGGAGCAAAUGGUGUCGGUGGUGCAAAGCUUGAGGUUCUGAAGGAAAUGCUCAUGGGAGUAGAGAUUCACACGAGAAAUUCAGGCAAGGAAGGAGAAGGAAUACUUAAUGAGAAGUGCGGUGCUGAUUAUGUGCAGAAGGAGAAAGUUGUUCCUUGUGGGUUUGGUUCUGACGACGUAGGAGUAAGGUGCGCGAGUUUGGACGGUGAUGCUGAUAGACUUGUGUAUUUCCAUGUCUUAUCAGCAAGUAACGAUAGGAUUGAUCUUGUUGAUGGAGACAAGAUAUUAUCCCUCUUCGCAAUAUUUAUCAAAGAGCAACUAAAGAUUCUUAAUGAUGAGAAGGAUGAUGGACUUAAGAAAGAAUUGCCUGCAAGGCUUGGCAUUGUUCAGACAUAUGUAUCCGAAGUUGAAAACUCUUCGUUUUACGUUUAG